UUAGAACCGCUCGCGCUGGUCAUACAUACUACAAGGAGUAACAGAAGUCAAAGACCGCUUAUGUGUAUAGAUUUGUUUUCACGACAUAAAACAAAUUCUAAAUUAUUCCAUAUAUAUUCAGGUAUACAGUAAAAUCAUCACCCAGCGCUAAGCCCGGAAUUUCAUCACAACGCAAGAAUGGUGAAGCCAUAUAAGAAGCCAAAAUCUCGUCCAGCACUCUGCCUCCUCGUGUUGUGUGGUUCAGCCCUAAUGUUUUUUGCUCUCGUUCUAAUUGGUUGUUCGUUUGCUAUAAAUUACGAUGAAGACCUUGACUUUGAUGACUAUAAACUCGACGCUAAAAUUCAAAGUCAGUUUAAUUACAAUCAGUACUGGGCUGGCGUUCCGUUUUUUGUAACUGGUGCCUUAGUAUUAUUUUCGGGGAUCUAUCAGAGAUCAAGAGGACUGACGAUUACGACUGUGAUAUUCUGUAUCAUAUCUAUCACUCUAACUCUGUUCGUUGUGGCAUUGGACAGCGACAGCUUCGGCCAUUGGAAUAAAUUAGAACGGGAAAAAGCUUACUGGGACUCUAAGAGCGGUUACAGCUGUGGAACAGAUAAUGCUUCGAAAACCUGCAAGUGCACCAGUUCCUCUUCUUCUCAAAAUAUCAGUGACUAUGAAUGCAAUAUUGUGCGAAAACUUAGUUCUUUGUAUGGCGCUGUUAUCGCAUCAUCAAUCAUGGUCACUUUAUUCAGCAUUACAACCAUUGUUAUCAUUAUCAAGACACUGUCGUGGAAACGAAUAGUUUAUCCAACACACAGCUAUUACAACAGCGCAGACGAUUACUACAUGGACACAGGACGUCGCACACCAUCGCAUAUUGAUCUCCCUGUAGCGAAACGAGCAGCAGACUUUUCGGAAUCAAACGGGAGGAAAGCAUUACCUUACAGAAACUAUCCAUUCUAAAAUGAACUUAAACUGACAAACAACAUGCUCUCUACAAAUAUAACUUUUAAAAAAAAUUGAAGUUGACGUUUCGUUUUAAUUUUCAAAGACAAUCAGGAAUAAGUGAAUUUGCAAACGGUAAAUUUUGCGAAUUCGGAACUUUGAACCAACAUUUAAGAAUGUGUUAUUGAGUUCAUUUGCAUAAGAAAUUCGUUGAAUAUUCUAGCCUGUAUAAUGAUGGUAUAAAUGCUUGCGAAACGGAAAUUCACGAGCACAGUAAUUUUACACUUAUUUUAAUGAUCUUUACUGGAUAUUUUAACGUCAGCAAUAAAUGCAUACCGAUUCAUGCAUGCAUGCAAGAAAACAUCUACGAUAGAUGAAACAAUUAAGCUAACGAAUUAUAAUAUGUACCCGACAGUUUUUACCAAACUAAUUAUGGUAUACUUAAAACUUGUAUUUUGUAACUACACGUAUGAUAUAUUUUAUAUCGUUC